AUGUCUCACGAUCCGAAGUAUACCUCCACUUCACUCGAACCAAGUUCUGGACAGAAGUUCAGCGACUUUCCUGCCGCCCAGAUACAACGAAUGGCCGAUGAGCGAUCCAAAUGGGUUGAGGCAACCGAGGGAUACGAACUUGAUGCCAAGCAGCUCCACGUCGACGACGACACGCAAGUCAAGACCGCCGACGACGAUCACAAUGUGCUCAUCCCGCAACCGUCUGAAGACCCAAACGACCCUCUCAACUGGAGCUCUCGAAAGAAGAACACCGUCCUCGCUGUAGUUUCAUUUCUGGCGUCUCUGCCAGACUUUGGGAGCAGUCUCGGUGCUGUCACGUUGAUACCGCAGUCGUUGUAAGUAAUGGCGCGUGCGUGCGAGAUGCACACCACGCUGACAUUGGUCCCGACAAUGGUAUUUGCCCCAAAAUACGGUCCAACAUAAUCUUGUGGGAAACCUCUUCUGCCUUGGCGCUGGCGGUCUUCUCACCGUAGCGCUAUCGGAGUACUUUGGGCGCUUGCCUGUUUUGCUGUGGUUCCAGCUGCUAGCAUUCGGCACUGGUAUCUGGUGCGCUGCAACCAAGUCAUUCGAUUCCUUUCUGGCUGCCAGGAUUCUCAAUGGCUUCUUUGCGAUUUGUGCGCAAGCAGGUGGCCUCAUGUGGAUCAAAGACAUGUUCUUCUUCCACGAGCAUCCGCGCAAGAUCAAUUGGUGGUCUGGGGCAAUCAUCCUCUCGCCCUACUUAGGACCAUUCACUGCUGCGUUCGUAAUCUGGAGGCUAAAUUGGACCUGGUGCUAUUGGAUAUAUUCCAUCCUGAACGCAAUCGGGCUGGUUCUGAUUCCUUUGCUUGACGAGACGUAUUACGAUCGAAACCUGCCGGCGAAUGAGCAGCCUGCGUGGAAGUCGCGUGUAUGGCGCCUGCUUGGGGUGGAAAGGCAUCCUCAAGGCACAUUCCUUCGUUCCAUUAGCAGGCCGGCAAUCGCAAUUACCAAAGUCCCAGUCCUGCUCGUUGUCGUCUACUACUUCGUCAAUUUCGCCUGGAUCAUUGGCGUGAACGCAACCAUCUCCACCUGGCUGACCACCUUUUACGGCUUCAACUCGAAGAAUCUUGGCUUCUUCUAUUUUUUCGGCAUAACUGGUUCCAUCCUGGGUGAAGCUUCUGGCCAUUGGAUUCACGAUCUGGUCGGUUCCUUCUAUGCUAAAAGACACCAAGGUCACAUUGACGCCGAAGCCCGUCUCAUCAUCUGCCAUCUUGCCGGAAUCUUCAUGGCGGUGGGAAUCCUGGUGCUCGGGUUCGCUCUCCAAUAUCGCUGGCACUGGGCUUACGCUGCUGUGUUUGGCGGCAUGCAAGUCGUUGGAAUCAUGAUUGCUACCACGGCUAUCAAUGCGUACCUGCUGGACAGCUAUCCAGAGGGUAGCGGUGAGGUUGGUGCUUGGAUCGUCGUGGGCAGGACCUGGGGCGGAUUCAUGGCGACAUAUGUGGAGAUCAAUUGGGUGUUGAGCGCAGGUCCAGCCAAAGCGUUGGGAAUUCAGGCAGCCAUUACCGUUGCUGCGAUGCUCAUUCCCGCCUUCUUGCAGAUGUAUGGCAAGGAGAUCAGGCAGCGCCAAGGUCCGAUGAGGUUCCUGGAGGUGAGGCGAAGUGUAUCGUAG